UGCCAAAAAAUUGGGUGGUCAGAAAAUCAUUUCCAGCUCCCUCCAUUAUAACCUUUAAUAUUAACAUAAAUAUACUUUUGUUCGUUCUAUCUCUAUAAAUUAAAAUCAAUCCAAAACCUCAAACCAAGAAACAGGGACGACCUGAGAUCACCAAAAUGGGAAGCCGUGUGAUGGGUUUGAUUAUGGGAUGUUUGAUCCUUGUGAUCAUCUUAUCCAAGGGUGGAGAAGCAGUGACCACAUAUGAAGUAGGAGGGUCUCUCGGUUGGGUUGUUCCUCCCAACACCACCUAUUACAAAGAGUGGGCUGCCGAUAAGACUUUUGUCGUCGGGGACUCUUUAAGCUUCAACUGGACUGGGACCCAUGAUGUGGCCGAGGCAUCAAAGACCCAAUACGAGAAUUGCGAAAAGCCCAGUAUUAAAUUCAGUAGCUCAGGAGUUCUGGAACUUACAAAAGAGGGUCCGCUGUACUUCCUUUGCACCAUUGGUGAUCACUGCAAUUCAGGCCAGAAGUUGGAAAUCAACGUCAGUGCUUCCAAUUCUACAACUCCUUCCACACCGUCGGCGUCGCCUCCUCCUCCUCCUUCGGCCUCGGUUUCCGCUCAUGUGUACGUAAAUGCUUUAUUUGCGACAACCUCCAUGUUAUUUGUGUAUUUCAUGGCCUGACUUGAAAAUGUUUUUGUAUGCCAUUAUUGUAUGGUAGUUCGAAUUGUUGAGUGUAUCAUCCUUUGUUUAUGAACCUAAAAUUAGUUAGUGGGCAUGUGAUAUGGCAAUAUCCUUAGAAUAAUUCGUUCACAUCGUAUUUGUGUUGUUGAAAUACGCUGUUGAAUAACCCUUCCCUUUUUUUUUUUGUUUCUUUUUUUUCUUUUUUUUGGUUAUUGAUGUAUAAGGUACUAGUGAAAUAAACUCAUGUUUCAGAGUAGAUUUGUUAAACUA